CCAGCGGGGUUAAAUCUGCGGAGCCGGAGCCAUGGAGGUCCCCGUGGGGCUCCCUGACGGAGAGCAGCCCCCUGCCUUGGCCGCUGCUGCAGCUCUUCCCGGCCCGACACAGCCCACACCAGCAAAACCAGUACAGAUCACGGUACUGAAGGCGCAGGACCUGAAAACUAUCAAAAGCGACGUGUUGGUUACUUUGGUGCGUGCAGAGUACAAUGGCGCCAUCUUGGGAGACUCCUCCAGGAUUGAUGUCUUGCCAAAUGGGACAGCAAACUAUAAUUUCACGACCAGCUUUGAGUGCAGCCCCGAUGGGCCCAACUCCUUGGAUGACAUCGCACAGAAACCUCUGCUCUUGACAGUGAUAGAAGUGGUGCAAAAGGAGAAGAGACAGAAGGAGAAGACGGUGCCUCUUGGCCAAGCUGUGGUGGACCUCCUACCUCUGCUGCAAGGACAGUGUUCAUUUAAGGUCUCGGCUCCUUUGUAUGCAGUGCCUACCUCUCCAUUAGAGAGCCUUCAGCCGGAGGCCAAGGGUGGCCUUGAAGUGACAGUGUGCGCCGAAGAGCCCCUGCUUUCUGCAGCACAGCUUUCAGCUGGUAACCUCCUGAGCGUCACGCUGGAGGCGGCUUAUUCUGUCCCCGAAGCGUUUGCUCCCACCGGACCCCUGCAAAACUACAUGGCUUGCUUGCAAGUCCCGACAGCCGAGGAGAGGGAAGUCCCCUUGCUCUUCAAGAAUGGCAUCCUGAAGCUUGCUGGUGAAAAAGACCCAUUACCGCGGCCCAAAAAAUGGCCCCUUGAUAAUGUCAUGGCCCCUGGUGCUCUGAGCAUACCCAACUCCUUCAUCGUUGGUGGUCCCUAUGAAGAUGAGGAUGGAGAGCUCAACAAAAGAGAGGACAGGGAAUUUAGGAUCCAAGCAGAAAGGAUGAAGAGAAUCGUAUGGGACACGGAAAGGCGUUGUUACCUGGAUCCUGCUGCGGUACUCACCCUGCAGAAGCGCAUUGCGGAACGCCGGUCCUGGCCCGUGGAGGUCUGCAGGAUGGCUGUGGCCUCACCCAGCAAAGGCAAAACUAGCAAAGCUGACAAGGGAGAUGAGGACAAACAGAUUUUCUUCCACGGCGUGGCGUAUGUCAACAUGAUGCCUCUGCUGUGCCCUGGUGUGAAGCAGAUCCGAGGCGCCUUUCGUGUCUUUACCUACCAAGAGAGCGAGGUGUUCGAGAAGACUGGAAGUCAGCACAGCGUUUUCUGGGAUCUCAGGUCACAGCUCAGCCUGACUAAGGAAGGGCCGUGGACCCCAGGAAUCAGUACUCCCCUUUCCAGAGCCAUUCCCAGCAAGACUCAGAAGGAAGACAAAAUCAGCAAAGAAAAGGAUUCCAACCGAAGGAUGUCCAACACAUCCAAAAUCCCGUUGUCAGAUGCCACUGUAGACGCGGAAAACGCCACAUAUCUCAGCCUUGAUGGACAGCAAUACGCUGAAGCAGGAACAUUCCUGGUGAUGGAGAUAAAGCUGGACAAGGCCUUGGUACCAAAGCGAUUGCGAGAGGAGCUCACCAGACGGGUCAAGCAGAUGAUUCCUCCUCGCCCUCCGCUGCCUCCCCGGACUGCAGGAGCCAAGAAGGCUGUGGAAGAUUAUCACAACCAUGUCACGAACAUUGCCGUGGCCAUCCUGAGUGAAUACCACGAGCUCUUUGGGAAGCAGCUGCCUGACCGGGGAGCGAUAGACCCCCAAACUCUGGAGGAACAGAAGCGUCAGCUCAACUUCGAGCUCAAUAGCUCUGGGAAAUAUUUUGCUUUUAAGGAACAGCUAAAGUACGCUGUUGUGAAGAUUGUGAGGGAGAAGUACCUGAAGACCACGGCAUUUGAGACCCAGGAGGAGCUCCAGGCAUUUCUCAGUGAGCUCUACGUGUACCUUGUGGACCAGAUGCACGUUGCCCUGAACCAGCUACUGUCUGAGGAAGCUGCUUCCCCUGCCCCUCCGCCCCUCACGACCAAGGAGCAGCUCUGGCUCUUUGCUCACGAAGCUGAAGUCAACAAGGACUACAAGCUGGCAGCUCUCUACCACCAGCAGAGGGUAGCUCAGGACCAGAGCAACAUCCAGUGCUGGCUGGACUACGGGGCGUUCUGCCUCCUCCUUCAGGAAACCACCAAAGCCCAGGAGUGCUUCCAGAGGGCCCUUUCUCUGGACCCCCAUCACAUCCAAAGCUUGCUGCUCUGUGGGGUUGUGGCUGCCGUGCUGCAGCGCUACGAAGAGGCAGAGAUUUUCUUUGAGGAUGCCUGCUGCUUGGAGCCAUCCAGCAUCGUAGCCUGGACGCUUUCAGGUUUGUUUUAUGAGCUGCAGAAUAAUAAUAUUCAGGCGGAAAUGGCUUUCCGCGAGGCUAAGAAGCUGCUGCAAGCACAGCUCGCCAAGGAGAGGAGCAUCCCUGAGGCUGCUGAGGGCGAAGGAGGGACAAAGCACAUUUCAGCUGAGCAUGUGAGGUCUCCCAGCCCAGGCCCAGAAGACGGCUUGCCAGAGAGGAUUCCAGAUGGCUCAGCUGACGAAGCGCCAGAGGCGGUGGAGCCUGCCCUGGCCUGCACAGCACCUGAGGAAGAGGCUACUGCACCGGAGGCAGCCCCGAAAGCACCAUCCCCUGUUUCAGGACGUAGCCAACCUCCCUGCACAAUUUUCAUGAAGGCAGUGGAAUUCUUGAUGAAAGUCAACGCCAUCCAGUUUGUUCACAUGGCGCUUGCCCACGAGCUGCUGAGCCUUCAGGGAGGUCCCUCCUGCGCGUACUACCUGGCGCUGGCCCAGACUUACUUGCUGAAGGAAGAUUUCUCCAAAUGUGAAGAAUGUCUCUGCGAGGCCGUUAGGAUCGACUGCACGAAUCCAAACGUCUGGGCUCAGAAAGGGCACCUGUGCUACCUGAAGCGGGACUUCGGCGAGGCAAAGGAGUGCUACGAGCGAACCAUCAGCUUCGUGGAGGACGCUGCGGAUAUGCACUUCGUCUACCUGCGCCUGGGCUCCAUCUACCUGGAAGAGAAAGAGUACGGCCGGGCGAAGCAGACCUACCUGCUCGCCUGCGAGAACGCCGCGUCCUGCCUCACCUGGCUGGGGGUGGGAAUCGCCUGCUACAGGCUGGAAGAGAUGGUGGAGGCAGAGGACGCUCUCUCCGAAGCCAAUGCCCUAAACAACGCCAACGCUGACGUGUGGGGAUAUCUCGCCCUCGUCUGCUUGCACGGAGGCCGGCAGCCAGAGGCAGAGCUGUGCUACAAAUACGCCGUCAAGGUUCGUGCCUCCAUGGGGUCACCAGCCAGGGCGAGACCACCGGCGAGUGGGAAGGAAGCCGGGGCAAGUGGGAAGGAAGCUGGCCCACAGCGUUCCCGCACGGCGGGGCGCUGGCCCUUCCACCCCGCAGGUGUAUUUGAUGCUGCUCAGGAGAACCAGGUGGUUCGCAUCUCCUUCUCCAACCUCUUUAAGGAAUUCAGAUCCACAGCCACCUGGCUGCAGUUCCCCUUCGUCUGCGGAGCGGCCCUCAGCUCCAUCCUGCGGGUGAAAAACCUCUGCACGAGCGACUUGCUGUUCGACCCGGGCGUGACCUUCUCCGAGGCCCGGCAAAGCGACCUGGCCUACCGCGGGGUCGCCCCCAUGCCACGGGAGAUGGCUUUCCCUGUGCCCAAGGGAGAGAAGUGGCACGACCUCUACGACUACAUCAGGUUCCCAUCUGAAGGGUCCAAGCUGCUGUACGACUCCAUCCAGAAGAGCUGCCCUGGUCCUGUGGCAGGUGACCGAGUCUCAGAGGACCCCGUCUGCCAGCUGCCCCAGCCGGUGACACUCACCAAAGCGGUCCGUGACCGACUGUCCCUCGUCCAUCAGAUAACCAGUCCCAAAGCUGUGCCACGUCGGUGUCCUGUAAUUACGAAAAGCAUCCCUGAGGUUCAUCUGACAGCCCCGGGGCCUCCAAGAGCUGUGCCUGCUGGGCACCAGGAGCUAGCGAAGAACCAGAGGCCGCCCAGUGCUGGGCAGUCACCGUCAGUCAGUGAUGGUGGCAUCCACGUCUACGCUUACCAGAGGAGCGAACGAACCGUCCGAGCCGUCCACACCAGCUCGGAGGAGAGCGUGUACGGGAAGGGCCCUGGAGCAGCCGUGCUGGCCAGCAGGAGAGCCCCCGCCUGCAGGAGGCUCUUACCAGAUCCCAUCCUGAAGCUGAGGAUGAUUAUUGGCUUUGGAGGCUGCGGCACCAAGUGGGCGCUGUGGACUCGGAACAACGCUGCGGUGGUCUACCCCUGCCACGCCGUUAUAGUGACCCUGCAGAUCCAGACCGGAGAGCAGAGGUUCUUCAUCGGGCACACGGAUAAGGUGUCGGCGCUGGCCUUCAACGGGAGCAGCACCCUGCUGGCUUCCGCGCAGGCUGGUCCCCCGAGCGUGGUGCGACUCUGGGACUUCCCGACGGGCAGCUGCCUCUCGGUGUUUAAACCCCACAUCCACUCCCUCUCGUCCCUGAGCUUUUCCUACAGCGGAGCCGUUCUAUGUGGCGUCAGAAAGGACGGGCACGGCAAAACGGUGGUGGUGGUGUGGAACGCUGCUCGGGUGACCCGUGGCGGAGAGGUGGCCGUGCUGGCCAAAGCGCACACGGAUGUGGACAUCCAGGCCUUGAAGAUUGCUUUUUUUGAUGAUACCAGGAUGGUGUCGUGCGGCCGGGACAACGUCAGACUGUGGCGAGUCCGGAGCGGAACGCUGCGCUCGUGUCCCGUCAAUCUGGGCGAGUACCAUUCCCUGGAGUUCACCGACCUGGCCUUCGAGGAGGGGCACGCGGCCGAGCGGGAGCCGGAGGACCGCACGCUCUUCGUCUGCAGCAAGAGCGGCCACGUCUUGGAGGUGGACUACAAGAACGUCUGCAUGAGGAGCGUGCGGCGGCUCCUGCCCGCAAAAAUACAGCAGGGCAUAACAAGCGGCCCUGGGAUCGCUAUAAGCAGUAUUAGCAUCUCCUCAACCUUCUGUGCCACGGGUUCGGAAGAUGGCUACCUGCGGCUGUGGCCGCUGGACUUCUCAGCCGUUGUCUUGGAGGCAGAGCACGAAGCUCCGGUGAGCUCUGUCUGCAUCAGUCCGGACAGCCGCAAAGUCUUGUGCACGACCGCUGCUGGGAAUCUGGGCUACCUGGAUAUCCAGUCCCGGGACUAUAACACCCUCAUGCGCUCUCACGAGGACUCCAUUUUGGCAUUCUCGGUGGAGGGGAUUUGGAAGCAGAUGGCAACGGUGUCUCAGGACAAUACCAUCCGGGUCUGGGACCUCGUCUCCAUGCAGCAGCUGUAUGACUUCACGGCCGCGGAGGAAAUGCCCUGUGCCGUGGCCUUCCACCCUACCCAGCAGAUCCUGGCCUGUGGCUUUGACAGCGGGAUGGUGCGGACCUUCAGCUUGGCUGCCUCCGAUCUGCUGGUGGAGCACAAGCAGCACCGCACUGUGAUCACCGGACUGACCUUCUCUCCAGAUGGCAAUUUCAUGUUCAGCGCCUGUUUGCAGGGAACUCUGGCUCUUUACAGCUGCAUGGCGCAGAAAAGCCACGUCCUCAGAGUCCUGGGCAACGUGGUGGCCCGGGAUGCUGGGAGCGGUUCGGAUGCUUUGGUGGUCAGUGGGGACAGCCGCCUCUUGGCCUUCGUGGGUCCCUCCAAGUACGUUGUGACCGUGAUGGAGGCCUGCUCUCUAGAUGAGCUGCUGAGGGUGGACAUCAGCGUCCUCGAUUUGAACAGCACAGCCUUGAACUCCGCAGCGCGAGUCUGCUUUGCUCCGGUGCCUCGAGGCGAGCUCCUGGUGUCCACUUCUUCCAACAAAAUCCUUGUGCUUGAUGCAAAAACAGGACGACUGGUGCGAGAGGUGUCUCCCGUGCACAAGCUGUCCUGUUCUUCCUUGGCGCUGAGCGAGGACGGCAGGUACCUGCUCACUGCUGGCGACAAAGUGAUCAAAGUGUGGGACUAUCAGAUGCGCUUCGAUAUCAACUUCCAGGUGUACAUCGGCCACUCGGAGCCAGUGCACCAGGUGGCCUUCACCCCAGACCAACGGCACGUCAUCAGCGUUGGAGAUGCCAUCUUCCUCUGGGAUUUCCUAGCUCUGCCUGCAGAGGGGUCACCCCCAGAUGGGGUUUGUUCCUCUGAGUCUGCUCUGCUGCUGGGAGCAGAAGGGAGCUCUCAGGAGCUAAAGGAUGCCUCUGAGACACCUCGGCAGACAGUUCCUCUUCCAUUGCUGUCCUCGCCACCACGUUUGGAUGUCAGCUCUGUCCACCAAGCGGGAUGUCAAAGUAUUUUUUCCAAGUCGGACAAAGAGGAGGAGGAAGCAGCUCUGCCAAGCAGCAGUGGGACUGUGGCAAACGGAGACAAAGAUGCCUCGGGUUUUGUGGUGGAGUCGGUCAGAAACGAGGAGCUUGUUGUGAGGCCCAGGGUGAGGCAGGAGAGCUCGAGGUCUCCUGGAGAACCAGCAAACGAACCCAGAAAGGAGACCAAAAGUCCCGAGUCCCAGUGCUCCGUCCGCCCAGACUCCUACCGGCAUUUCACUCCUCGCUUUAAGGCAUCGGUGCUCCCCCAGAGUUUCUUAACUCCUCCAGCUGGCGAUGAGGUCUUGAAGCUGAAAGCUGUGAUCGGCUACAACGGGAACGGCAGAGGGAAUAUGGUGUGGAACCCGGACACAGGUACCCUGGGAAGGCUCUGGAGGGGCGGGAGGUGUGUGUGUGCUGAGCCAAGUUAUGAUCUUCUAGCUGUUGGCGAGACUCACGGGCUCGGCCACGCAGAGGAGAUCUCUACGCUCGCCGUCAGCCACGAUGCCCAGGUUCUUGCCUCUGCCUCGGGGAAGAGGAGUGGAGACUCCCGUUGUCAGAUCUGCAUCUGGAACGUCCAGGGUGGGGUUUGCACGGCGAGCCUCUUCCAUCAUGAGACGCAAGUACAAGCCAUGGCGUUCUCUCGGGACGACAGGUUCCUCCUUACCCUCGGGGACUACAGCGAUCAAACCAUUGCUCUGUGGAAUACCUGCACUUACGAACUCAUGUCGUCGACUUGUAUCUCGGAGCCAGUCCAUGACGUGGCUUUCAGUCCUCUUUCUCACCGAGAACUGGCCUGCGUAGGGAAGGGAGCCGUGAUGUUUUGGCUGUUGGAGCAGCAGGGAGCUGAUGUCAGCCUCAAGGUUCAUCGGGCCCCUGCCCCGGACGUGUUAGGGCCAGUGGAGCUGACCUCUCUCUGCUACGGUGCCGACACUCUUCUUUAUAGUGGCACCAACUCUGGCCAGAUCUGCGUGUGGCACACCGAGACUCAUCGCUGCUUCAUGACGUGGGAGGCCGACGAGGGCGAGAUCGGUGUGCUGGUGUGUCGACUGAAAGGUCCCGAAGCCAGGUCUAGCUCAGUCCUGCUAGAACAUGAGAUCACCCUCGACGGGACGAUAGUCAGUGCAGCCUUUGAUGACUCUCUAGAAAUGGGAAUUGUGGGCACCACGGCAGGAACCCUGUGGUACAUCAACUGGACGGAGAGCACAAGCAUCCGACUGAUCAGCGGCCACAAGAACAAGGUGACUGAAGCGUGCUUCAGUCCUGAUGAGACUCACUGCGCAACGUGCGGGGAAGAUGGCAGCGUGAGGAUUUGGUCUCUGGGCAGCAUGGAGCUGGUGGUACAGUUCCAGGUGCUCAACCAGAGCUGCCAAUGCCUGGCCUGGAAGCCCCGGCCCGUCGUUGCAUGGGGAGCUGAGAGCCAGCAUGUAGUGGCGGGGUACAGCGAUGGCACCAUCCGUGUGUUCAGCAUUUCCAGGACCGAGAUGGAGCUGAAAAUGCACCCCCAUGCCGUUGCACUGACAGCAAUCACCUACUCCACAGACGGAGAAAUGAUCUUAUCGGGGGGCAAGGACGGGCUCGUGGCUGUCAGCAGCCCUCGCACCGGAAUGACUAUCCGCGUCCUCGCUGACCACAAAGGCUCCCCCAUCACUGUUCUCCAGUGCACCAGGAAGGAGUACCGCGACUUUGGGGUGGAAGGUGGUGAGCUCUGGCUGGCCACCAGCUCGGACCGGCGGGUCAGCGUCUGGGCCUCCGACUGGCUGAAGGAUAAGUGCGAGCUCCUCGACUGGCUCAGCUUCCCAGCUCCUGCCGGCCCCGAGGGUCUCGGCAGCCUCCCACCCAGCCUGGCUGCGUUCUGUCCUUGGGAACCCGGUACCCUGGUCUACGUCGGCUUUGGGAUGCAGAAGGAAGCCUUGUUUUACAGUCUGCGCAAGAAACAGGUAGUCGAGAAGAUCACCUUGCCAUACUUCGCCACAUCGCUCAGCCUGUCUCCUGCGGCACGCUUCAUGGCUGUCGGCUUCGGCGCCCAGGUGGGGAAGACGUCUCUGAUCAUGGCUCUGGUGGGCGAGGAGUUCCCUGAAGAGGUGAGCGUGAGGCGAGAGGGACCCCUGGGCGCCUCGCCGGGUGCCCUGCCAGGCAGCGGCGGGAUGGCUCUGUCCCCAGUGGCACUGGCCCGAGGUGGGGGUGUCUGGGGCUGGCUGGAAAAGAUUCUGUUGGCUUUGCAGGUGCCUCCUCGUGCAGAGGAGAUCACGAUCCCAGCUGACGUCACUCCCGAGAAGGUCCCCACACACAUCGUGGACUACUCAGCCAUCACGUCUGGAUUUUGCUGCAAGCGUGACAGCAGCCUGGGGCUGGAGCUGCCUGGCUGUGGGGCCGGCCUGCGGCUAUGGCAAAGCUGUGCCUGGGGCUCAGGCUGCCUCCCCGCUGCAGCCAACGUGGUCUGCGUGGUGUAUGAUGUCACCAAGGAGGCCACGAUUGAGAAGGUAACAGGUCCCCCACCAGAGCCCUGA